AUGGACCCUCACUCGGCUGGGCGGAAGACAAUCCGAUUGCACGAUGAACAAGUCGAAGAAUUCGAAGACGAAAUGGGCCGCCGUGAUCAACAAAUAACACGAGCGGUCGUCAUCCCACCAAGACCGAAGCAAGGUCACACUGCGGAAGACACUCUCAACAAAGCGAGGAAAGAGCUGGAGCUCUUGCAGGAGUUUUUUGGUCGAGACCAUAGUGGAGCAAUACUUGCCUUGCAAUACGGUUCUGGCGAGGACGUGAGAACUGCAAGCCUCUCCUUGAAUUUGCAAGGCGGCAUGGCCGUUCUGCUACUCCGUCUACUUUGCGUCAGACACUUGACGCUCGAUUAUGCGAAUACGUCAUCAAGUUAUGAGCAAAUUCCCGCCAAAAGGCGAAGACAUGGCUCGACCGAGAAAUUCAUUGAAGAGAGGGGACUUCCAGAAAGCCAGACUAAAAGGGCUUUGAAGGUCGGUCAGAAGUUCUUGGAUAUUGAGCGGAAUACUGGUAUCCCGGGGAUCUCAGCGGUGUUGAUGACGGCUUGGUACAUGUUUGAACAUCUUUAUUCUGAUGAGAUAGAGAGACUGGUCAAACUCUUGCUAGCUGGCGCCUAUCCCGACCUUUUUGAGAUCGCUCAAUGGCUGUCCGAUUUCCUUUCCAUUUAUCAGCGUUUUUACAGCCGUCUUGUUACCCGGGAAAUCCAGAAAGAUACAUCGGCAAUCCAAUGA